AUGGCAAAAUUUUUGCCAAUUGGCUUCCAGUUGGUUCUAAUUAUACUACCACCACAGCACCAACAGAGCGCCAAACCUCCACCACAGCGCCAUGAUGGCAACAUUAUAUAUGAAGCUAAUGGCAACGCUGUUUGCCAAUUAACUUUUGGCAAUGCCAAGUGGAUGCCAUUAGGCUGCCACGUGGCACUCGUGUGCCGAUCGGGAAUAGAUGAUGAUAAUUGUGAUGGCUGUAAGCAUAUUGAUCAUAAGAGUCCGAAUAGAGUCCAGAAAAUCCUACGAGAUGAAACGCAUUCCCACCCAAGUAGUUUUCGAGAGCGUUUAUUGAAUUUCACCAGUGCCAAUGUAGGUGUUACAAAGUAUGGGGAAGCAACAAAUAGCAAUAAUCUCAGAAAGCGUAAUUCGGAGCUCGUGCUCGGAACAAAUUUUGAGAGUGGCACGACAGCGACAAGCGUGUAUAAAAAUUGCCAAAGCUAUCGCAUUUCUAAAACAUUCGAUUCGUGUGACAAUAUUUUCUCACAAAAACAGCCGUCAGAUCACAAUCGAACACAUGUGACAAAUAAAAGCAAUCACUCAUUGUCAACGGAAUCGGAUCAAAAAUCAAUACCAUACAGUUUCCUGGAACGUCCGUCAAUGAAGUUGUCUCAUUCUGAGGAUCAAAAUAUUAAAGACCUUAAAAUUGCGUUAUCAUCGACUCUUCCAAUGGCAAAUAAUGCAACUUAUAAUCCUUUGGUUUCCAAUCCUACAAACAACAAAGCUCAAACUAUCGGAAAUUUAAAAAGUUCCAAUCUCAUUACUCAUUCGCAGUCAUGCACGUCCACAUCAUCAACGUCAUCGAAAAAUGAUAAAAUAUCCUACUCAUUGUCGACAUCGUCCACGUCCGAAUCAAUCGUACGAAGACAAAAACAACAACAGCAGCAGCAUCAGCAACAUUUAUUGAAUAAUCAAAAGGAUAGUAGUAAAAUGGCGCUAGACGAACAGCCACAGCAGCAAGUCACAACACAAUCACAGAGCAUUGAUAAUCAAAAUGAUAAUAAAAACGAAGAUAAUAAAAUGAUUAUAGGAACAUCAUGCGAUAAUAAAGUUGCGUCGUCCAAUGUAAAUAAUAAUAACAUAAAUAACAAUGGCAAUAAUGGAAGUAGCAGACGCAAAGGCAAAGGAUCGGAAAGUAAAUUGGCCAUAGACCUUAAUGAUCGAUCAAAAUAUACGGAAGAGGUGUCUGUAUGA